CCAUCUACCGGAUAAAGAACGAACCAUGGCCGCGACAACUUUCAUGAAGAGUUGGAGGGCUUGUGUGUCCAAGAACUUGAUUAAAACAUAUUCAAGAUCUCUGACCUCUUUAGCUCCAUUGAAGGCUGACAAUGUCGAGAUCCGCCUCACGAAAGAAGCAAAACCCAAACCAGACCCAAGUAAUCUCUUAUUUGGCAAGAAUUUCAGCGAUCACAUGUUGUCCGUCAACUGGUCGGCAACAGGGGGAUGGGGGACGCCAAAGAUCCAUCCACUGGAGCCGCUGCCACUUCACCCGGCAGCAAAAUGUUUUCAUUACGCGGUAGAGCUGUUUGAAGGAAUGAAGGCCUACCGUGGUGUUGAUAACAAGAUCAGGUUAUUUCGACCGAUGGCUAACAUGGAGCGAAUGAACUCGUCAGCAAGUCGCGCUACAUUACCAACGUUCGAUGGUGCCGAGCUGCUGAAGCUCAUGAAAAUGUUGAUCUCUAUCGACAAGGAAUGGGUACCGUACUCCACAACCAGUACCCUCUACAUCAGGCCAACUAUGAUCGGGACAGAGUCAUCUCUUGGCGUCGGGCCGAGUUCAGAUGCGAUGAUGUUUGUCAUUUUGGGGCCAGUGGGACCAUAUUACCCGACGGGAAUGAAGCCAGUGUCACUGCUCGCUGACCCAGAGUUUGUGAGGGCAUGGCCAGGCGGCAGUGGUUUUACAAAAAUGGGAGCUAACUACGCGCCCACCGCUUAUGUGCAAAAGAUAGCAGAAGGCAAGAACUGCCAGCAGGUUUUGUGGUUGUUUGGGGAAAACCACGAGUUGACUGAAGUUGGGACGAUGAAUGUCUUCAUGUUCUGGACAAACGAAGACGGCGAGAAGGAGUUGAUUACGCCAGCUCUGAGUAGUACCAUUCUGCCUGGAGUGACAAGAAGGAGUUUGAUAGAUCUGGCAAAACAAUGGGGUGAAUUCAAAGUCACGGAGCGAACGUUUACAAUGAAAGACUUAGUGAAAGGCUUGAAUGAAAAUAGGGUUCAUGAAAUGUUUGGUGCUGGCACUGCGUGCGUGGUUUGUCCGAUCGAGAGGAUCUUAUAUCAGGGCGAGAAUCUCCAUAUACCAACGAUGGACAGUGGCGCCCCUGUCACAAUGAGGUUCCAGAAGGAACUAACAGACAUUCAGUUUGGUCGUGUGGAAUCCCACGAGUGGCAGGACGAGGUGGACCAAGAUUUACAAAUCGACGCCAAAAGAUUCAUCAAGCACGCGAGCUAAUUCUCGUGGUCGUAUCUCAGUCUUGAAGAUCUGAUCAGACAAUGCAACGACUGCAAUCUCAUUGGUUGUCUUCCUGGUGGACUGAACUGUGUGUGAUUUUGAUAUUCAAACCCCCCUGUAUUCUCUUUAGAGGCCGGGGGAGACCAGUGACAAAUGACUAUUGUUACAAAAUUUCUGAAAAAAGGGUGUAAAUUAUUGUAAAAUAGCUUUCUUUCUGCUUAUAUUGUUUUGGAGUGGUUUUUUCUCACAAAGUAAUGGUUUUAUCAAUAUUAUCAACUUUAGGUAAUGAAUGACAAUGUUAAUAGGUCACAGCCUUCUCAAUUACACUAAACACUAACCAUAUGUAAUGGUAAAUGAGCCCAAAUAAGGAAUGUCAAAAUUGCAACACCUUUUUUUAAUUUUUUGACCCUACUUUAUGUACAGGUUGUGACUUGAAUAUACAUGUGUGUGUGUGUGAGGGGGGGGGGGCUAGACAAUGAAUUAUUGUGGUUUUGAUAGUUUCUUACUCGUCUCAGAACUAUGGUCAACCACACAGCAUUUAUUUUAAGGGCAUUAUAAAACUCAGCUUGAAGGAUUAAGUAGUUUGAUGAUAAUGAGGUGAUUGGUUUGGGUAGGUCUUUUCUAGCAGCUGUGUUUCCCCUGGCUUUGGAUACGAACGCAUCAAACCUACCAGCAUUUUUUUGCUCAACGGAAAGACCGAAGUGUGACGCGGUUAAUGUGUGUUCGGCUGGACACGCUCAAAAUAUUCAGGGAAUACACUGCUAGCUGUAAGCAGGGUGCCACAACUAUCAAAGUUAUUCUGUGAUUGUGGCAUUUCAAUCGUAUCUUGAAAUUGAGGCCCAUGUAGAAAUUCCGAAUAUAAGUUAAUCAGACAGUGCAUUUCCCAGAAAUGAUCUCGAAAUCUUUCAUUGUAAGCAUACUGGCAGCUAAAACACAGAUGUGUAGGAAUGUAUUGUCACCAAUAGGAGACUAGGUAACUUGUAAUUGCUUCUUUUUGGUGGUGCUGUACCAGUGCAUUAGCUUAGAAUCUGUCAUGUUUUGGGCAAAAACAGCUGAACUACUUCAUGUUAUAACGUAACCAUUACAAAUCAUAACCUUGAUUCGGACAAGGGGUGGUCUUCAGUUUUCGUGAUUCUACUUAAAAAUAAUGUCUCCAGUAUUGAAUACAUGUAUGAGUGUGCAAUCAUUCCUUCAUUGGAGUCCUUGCUUGUUCCAAUAUAUCAUUAUCUGUGUGAAAUCAGCAAAAAUCGAGACUGAAUUUCUUUGGAAAUGGAGUAGAGUGUGUAGGCCACAGAUAAUAAUAUUAUAUGUAAUUGCACAUGUACUUCUUGUGUAGUAGAAGUAAAACUGGAUACCGUCACUGUAGUUUACAACAAUGUCCAUCGGUCCCUAUUGUUGGGCUGUUGUGUUGCUCCACAUGUACUUCUUGUGGACUUCCGAUCAUUGAAUUGUAUUCAUCUCAAAAUAAAGAAAGGUGUGAU